UUGCAACUCCACACAGGUACAGAUGCGUACGAUCGUCAGCUGAGCUGACGGAAAAAUCCCCAAGAAGGAAUAAAACCCGAAAGUCACCCUAUAAGAACGAGAAGCUUAUAUGCAUUUCUCUUGCGCAUAGCCCUUUCAGAAUUGAGAGUUCUGUACAUUUCUUCUUUUUCUUUUCUUCCUUUUUUUUUGUUUCUUUGUUUUUUUAUUUAAUUUUCAAUAAUUUUUGGUUUCUUCAGAGCUGUUCUUUGGAGGGUUAGGGGGUGCGGAUUACUUUAAAGCAAGAAAAACCGAUUCAUUCCUCACUUGGGUUAGCGUUUCCCACCUGUGUGUAAAAUGCCGCCAUUCCUUCUCAUUUCUGUAUAAAGAAUUCCGAUUUUUUCCACUGUGACUGUUUUCUCUGAUAAACACUCCGACGUCUCCGUCUCCGCCUUCGCCUUCAGAAACGUCUUCUUCUUUUCGAUUAAUAGCAUUAGUUUUAUUAAAGGGAAUCGGGUAUACUUGUAUCUUCCUAUAGAUCGCUAGAGUAAUAUUUAGGUUAGAACAUUUCCGAUCAAGAAUUUAGGGUUUUCUUCCCCAUUUCCUCAGAUUUUGCUUGAAGGUUUGGCCUUUUUCUAGUAGGGUGUUGAGUUCUCGAAUUUGUGAGAAGGAUGGAUAAGAAAAAGGUGGCGGUUCCUCUUGUUUGCCAUGGCCACUCGCGGCCGGUCGUCGAUCUCUUCUACAGUCCGGUUACUCCUGACGGGUUUUUCCUCAUCAGUGCAAGCAAGGAUUCUAGUCCCAUGCUGAGAAAUGGAGAGACUGGGGAUUGGAUAGGGACCUUUGAAGGGCAUAAGGGUGCAGUGUGGAGUUGCUGCCUUGAUACCAAUGCUUUACGUGCUGCAUCAGGCUCUGCUGAUUUCACUGCAAAGAUAUGGGAUGCAUUAACAGGGGAUGAAUUGCAUUCUUUUGAACACAAACACAUUGUUCGAGCAUGUGCAUUCUCAGAGGAUACACACCUGCUGCUCACUGGUGGAGUUGAAAAGAUCCUUCGUAUUUUUUAUUUGAAUCGUCCAGAUGCACCACCUAGAGAAGUUGAUAGAUCUCCAGGUUCAGUCAGAACUGUAGCCUGGCUUCAUAGUGACCAGACAAUCUUAAGUUCCUGUACUGAUAUGGGUGGUGUAAGGUUAUGGGAUGUGCGUAGUGGUAAAAUUGUCCAAACACUCGAUACUAAGUCUCCAGUAACUAGUGCUGAAGUGAGCCAGGAUGGCCGCUACAUCACGACUGCAGAUGGAUCAAUGGUUAAGUUCUGGGAUGCAAAUCAUUUCACAUUAGUGAAAAGCUACAACAUGCCAUGUACUGUGGAGUCGGCAUCACUGGAGCCAAAGCAUGGAAAUAAGUUCAUUGCUGGUGGAGAAGACAUGUGGAUACAUGUCUUUGAUUUCCAUAGUGGUGCAGAGAUUGGAUGCAACAAGGGUCAUCAUGGUCCUGUCCACUGUGUUCGUUUCGCACCUGGAGGGGAAUCCUACGCAUCAGGAUCUGAAGAUGGAACCAUUAGAAUAUGGCAGACAGGUCCCUCUCAUGAUGAGAUUGAGACGUUUGGAGCAAAUGGACCAGCAGGGAAAGUGAAGGUAACGGCAGAUGAGGUUGCGAAUAAGAUUGAGGGUUUCCACAUUGCAAAGGAUGGGAAGACUGAAGAGAACAAGGAACCAAAUGAUGGCCGACGUUGCUCAUAACAAUGUCCUCUCUUGAUGGAUUGUUUGUAAGGAUAUGAUAUGGUCUGUCACCUUUGAACAAUUUUCAUUUGUUAAAAAAAAUAAAUGAACCCAUUUUUUUUUGUACACUUGCUGUCAAUGAGCUUUAAUGAAUGCUUCAUCCAGUCUAAGAUUUGAUCUCCCUAUUUACCAUGUCAA